CCGCUGUCAAAGUUGACCGCCGGGCGCUGCGUUGCAAUGGAGAGAAGGGAAGAGGAGCAACAGCACCCGCUGCGGGGGAAGGAGGCGGAGGCGGAGGAAGAGGAGAAGGGAAAGGAGGAGGAGGAGGAGGAGGAGGAGGAGGAGGAGGAGGAGGAGGAAGGAAAGCGGGGGGAUUGAGAUCGCGCCUGUCCCAGCUGCUGGAAACAAGCGCCGCUGAUCCGCGCUGAGCCCCGCUCGCCUGGUGGCGGCUGCGCGCCCACGAGAAAAGCCGAUCGCCCCCAUAAAUGUCGCGUUGCUGCUGCUGCUGAGAGGGAGACCCCGGCCACCCCCAGCGGCUCCUGGACGGGUCUGGGAGCGGCGGAAUCAGCCGGCAGAGCAGGGAAAGGUGGUUGGGUGCCCUCUGCCUCCGAUCCUGCAGAGCCCCGAGGCUGAGCAGCCGAUCUCUCCCUCCCCCUCCCCCUCCCCCCCCGCCUCGGCAGAGCUUCCGUUUCUCUCCACUCCCCCCGCCGCCUCUCCCUGCUCCUCCCGGCCUCUUCCCGAUCCUCCCCAGCCAUGACCAUUCCGGUUUUCACCUCAUAAAGAUGGCGGUGUGGGAUCACUGCAACCUUUAGACUCAUGACUGUCAGAAACAUCGCCUCCAUUUGUAAUAUGGGCACCAAUGCCUCUGCUCUGGAAAAAGACAUUGGGCCAGAGCAAUUUCCAAUCAAUGAACACUACUUUGGACUGGUCAAUUUUGGAAACACGUGCUACUGUAACUCCGUCCUGCAAGCCCUAUAUUUCUGCCGGCCCUUUCGGGAAAAUGUGCUGUCCUACAAGGCCCAGCAGAAAAAGAAGGAAAACCUCCUGACUUGCCUGGCGGACCUUUUCCACAGUAUUGCCACGCAGAAGAAGAAAGUUGGAGUGAUUCCACCCAAAAAGUUCAUCUCGAGGUUACGAAAGGAGAAUGAUCUCUUUGACAACUACAUGCAACAAGAUGCCCAUGAAUUUUUAAACUACUUACUGAAUACCGUCGCUGACAUUCUGCAAGAGGAGAAGAAGCAGGAAAAGCAAAACGGCAAACUGAAAAACGGCAACAUGAACGAAGCGGAAGAGAACAACAAGCAAGAACUCACCUGGGUGCAUGAGAUUUUUCAGGGAACGCUGACUAAUGAAACGAGAUGCUUGAACUGUGAAACUGUUAGCAGCAAAGAUGAAGAUUUCCUCGAUCUCUCUGUUGAUGUGGAACAGAACACAUCGAUUACACAUUGCUUAAGAGACUUCAGCAACACAGAAACAUUGUGCAGCGAACAAAAGUACUACUGUGAAACUUGCUGCAGCAAACAGGAGGCACAGAAAAGGAUGAGGGUUAAAAAGCUGCCAAUGAUCCUUGCAUUGCACCUGAAGAGAUUUAAAUACAUGGAGCAGUUACAUCGGUAUACCAAGCUCUCUUACCGCGUGGUAUUUCCUCUCGAGCUGCGUCUCUUCAACACAUCUGGGGAUGCUAUCAACUUGGAUCGCAUGUAUGACUUGGUGGCAGUAGUAGUUCAUUGUGGCAGUGGACCUAAUCGUGGACAUUAUAUUACCAUUGUGAAAAGUCAUGGCUUUUGGCUAUUGUUUGAUGAUGACAUUGUAGAGAAAAUCGAUGCGCAGGCUAUUGAAGAAUUUUAUGGUCUGACCUCUGAUAUAUCAAAAAAUUCAGAAUCUGGAUAUAUUUUAUUUUAUCAGUCAAGAGAGUGACUUGGGAAGACGCUGACUUUUUCCACCCCGAGAGGAGAAACUGACCAACACUGUUAACUGACUUCCGUGUAGACUAAUCCAAUACAGUGUGACAGUGAUAAGCUCAUGCCGAAAUUGUGAACAAAGACUCUCCGCCUUUGACUGGAAGAUCUUUUUUCUUUAGUCUGAUUCUCAUUAACUACUGCAAGAACAAAUUUAUACAGCUCGUGUUCAUUUGUUGAAUCCUGCUGAACUCAGCUAUAAUGUGGCCUAGAUGUUUGCACCACGCACUAAGGACCAUUUGUUGUCUGUUUCUAAAGAACCAUUCCUUUAGGCUAGUGGUUUUCAGACCAUGUUUUGAGGAACCUUGGGAUUCCUGAGAUGCCUAUCAAGGGUUCCUCAAUGAGAAGAUGCAAUAGUAAUGGUAGACACCCAUUCCUUAAUGGCAGCUUGCCUGCAGCUACCAAUCUUCAUCUGUAAAGGGCAGCUGGGCUGUGUCCUAGGAGGCACUCUCACCGUUCACACAGGCCAGUAGUGAGCCCCAGGAAACCUAGCCAACACUCCAAAUGAAAUGUGCAGCCUAGAAUACCCUACUCUUUUGCAAGAACUCUGGCAAAUGCACAAGGGUUCCUAGGCAGAGCAAUCAAUGUGAAAAGUGUUCUCUUAAGUUGGGAACACUUGGGAAAUUGCUGCUUUAGAUACCUACUGAAAUGUAACUCAUAUUCAUGGAUCCUCAUUCUGUUUGGAUUGUGGAUUGUGUCACAUGGUACUCCUCAACUAGAAAACUAUUAUCUCCCGAUCUCCUCAAGCUUUGGGUCAUUAAACAAUAUCAAAUUGGCAACCACAAAACACAACGUCGCUCAGUCCUGUUUGAACCAAAUUUCGCCAGUCUUCCUGUUUAUCAUGUGACAGCACAGAUCAGCCAAACUGCCCCUUUGGAUUCCCACCCCGUAAAAGGCUUUAGGAGAUUUUGCACUGAAAAGAAAAGGGGGGGGAGUUGUUCUUCCAUGUUACUUUCGCUGUGUGAUGAGUGAUAGUAUCCUUUUAUCCCAAAGAAAUACCACAAAAUGUCCUUGCUGUCCUGAGUUUGCACAUGUCUAUAUGAGUAUCAUGCAUGCAAGCAAGCAUUGGUUGCACAAUCCAAUUAAGCAAUAGCGACCAGGAUCCAAAGCUCCAUAGGAUUUUGGUGCAGAGCUCCGUGCAAAGAGGAGAUUCUCAUUCUUCUUGGUGUUUGGGGAUGCAUCAUGGGCACAUAAGAGAUCCUACACGCAGAUCAGAACCCCUGGAUUUAAGUGAAUAUCCAUCAUAUUAUGCAGAGCUCUGGACUUGAACAGAUAGCACCGAUUGCACUGAGAGCCAAAUUACGUGGCAUUGCACAAGGAUGUUAUGUACAUUUGUAGCCAUAUGUAAUAAAAAUCAGUUUUUAGGUUCAAUCUGUUUGUCACGCUCUAGUGUCACAAAGGCCGGAAACCUAAAGUAAAUAGGACCUGCUCCAAUUUCAACAACUCCCAUUAAGUACAAAGAAAAGUGGUGCAAAUUGGCAAAACUCUUAUAGAGCUGCUGAUCCAAGAGAAAGUUUCCCAGGGAUGAAGGGCAGAUUUUGCUCUCAUCUCGAGGAUAUGCAGUGGUGACCAAACAUGCUCCCUGGCCCAAACAUUGGGUUGCCAAAGUUGUGCUGAGUGAGACUCCCAUUUGAGGAAAUGCGUGUCUCUGCAUGCCACCAGUAGAACCUGCAAUAUACAAAUAUCUCCGGCUCUUUUGCUCAUCGUAUUCAGCAGGCAUUUUGCUUGUUGUGUAUUAAUGAAGAGCAUUUGGCCCUGCAGGAAUUAACAGCAUCAACAGCCACGAGCAUUUACUAGCAUGAAUUUGUGUUUUAAGACUAUAUGAAUGUUUUGAGGUGUUCCCUGUUAAGUUAUGAUAAAUGCACUCUAGCUAUUCAAUAGCUGUUUAAAAAUAUUACUGCAUAAGUCAUGUUUAAAUGCAAAUAUCAAAAGAGGAAUGGGAAUAGUCUCUACUUUGUGGAAUUAACGGAUCUAAAAUUGCAGAGUUGGAUUGUCUUGACACUUGUUAAGGUGCAGUGCAUGGUCUUCAAUCAAAAUAAAAGGCAAAUAAAUAUCCUGCAAGAUAUUCACGUUUACAAUACAAGAAACUAAUAGGAAUACAAUAAAUGAAUUGUGCAAAAGCUACUUCAUGCUGACAUAUAUCCUGGAUUUGUGCAGAUCUGAGUAUGACUUCAAGUGAGAAAACUCCAGAAGAGAUAUACAUCAUUUUUUUCUAUUUUUUUAAAAAAUAUGCAUGUAUUUAUUAGGAAAGAGCCCCUUUUAGUACUUUCUGAAUAGAGAUCUAAUUACAGUUUUACUGCUGUGCUGCUUAUUUUGCCAUAAUUCAACACUGUUGGAACUUGCAUCUUGGUUUUCCAUCUGGGAAUGAAAAUCUUUCUUGUG